AUGAACUCUGAAAACAUAAACUAUUAAAAUCAGAGCAUCAACACCUAUACUCAGAAGGGGAGAAUCGAGCUCAUCUUGGGUCCAAUGUUCUCUGGGAAGAGUACAGAAUUAGUCAGAAUCAUCAAACGCCACAGAAUUGCGCACAAGAAAUGCCUGAUUGUCAAGCAUAUCCUUGACGAUAGAUACAGUGCUCCUAACUAUCUAUCAACUCAUGACAGAGUCCAGAUGGAGGCAAUAGCCUGCUAGUCAUUGAUAAAUGAAGUGAUUAAGCACAAGGUUUAUGAAGAAUAUGAUGUGAUAGGGAUUGACGAGGCUUAAUUCUUCUAAGAUAUUGUGGAAGGAUGUGAAACAUUAGCAAAACUAGGCAAAGUAGUGAUAGUUGCUAGUCUGGAUGGUACAUAUCAAAGAAAGCCUUUUGGAUCACUGCUUAAUUUAAUUCCCCUCGCUGAAAAAGUAAGAAAACUCUCUGCUAUCUGCAAGGACUGCUUUGACAGCGCCAGUUUCACAAUUAGAAUAAAAACAAAUGCUUGUGUUGUUGAUACCAAUCAUAAUACUUAAGAUGACAAAACCUCUCCUAUUGAUAAUGCUAAUUUAAAUACUAAUAUCACUUAUCCUGAGGAGAUUUAUAGCUCAGAGGAUUAAAUAGAAAUAAUUGGGGGUGAAGAGUUAUAUAAACCAGUAUGCAGGUAGUGCUAUUAUCGUCACACUAAGAUUAAUUAGAAGUAAGCCUAAGCUAUCCCUAAGUUCGGCAAUAAUUCUCCCGCUAAUGAUAAAAAUGAUAAUAUUCGAAAUUCUGAUAAAAUGAGUCAAACUCAAUAAUCUGAAAUUAAAGACACUGAGAAGCAAUCAAUGAAUGAUUUAAAUGGAAGCAAUAAACAAGAAUAAUAACUUAUGAUGAUAUAUCAAUAAGCAGUUCUAAUAUGA